AUGCCAGAAACAAAUGAGAAAACUUAUAAACUAAAAGAAGACUCUCGUCAUAAAAAGAUCCAUGCACCUAUAGAUAAAAUUGAAUUAAUUAAAGAACUAGUCGAAUUGAUUUCAACUUCCUCUACACCAUACACAUACACUUUAUCUCAAUCUGCUGGUAGGAGUGCAUAUAAUGAAAGGUAUUUAUACAUUUAUAAGGAGAAAGUUUGGCGAUUGGACAAAGCUUACAUAAUUAAUGAGGAGAAGUUGGGUGUCAAAUUUAUGAGGAAUCCUUAUAUUGUGCAUUUUCAGCAUCGAAGACGUUCUGAAGUGAGGAUUACUCUUGUUGGAUGUAAUACAAAACCUAAAAACACAUAUGAUGAAAACUACUUCUAUGAUGAUUUAAUAUAUGCAUUUGAUAAUCUUAAUAUGUAUGAUUUCAAUUUCUCUAAAUUUGUUUCCGAGAGGAAAGAAUCCAGAAAAAAAGUUUUCGAUGAACCUAUAAUUAUGAUAAAAGAUUUUAAUGCAUCAGGAACCUAUCUUAGGGAAGAUGAAUGUACAGAAGUUGACAGAUUAUUGCAACAAAAUAAGUUAGUAUGGGGCAUUAAUCACGGUGAAAAUACUAUGGUUGGGUCAAAGGCUUCGUAUGAUCAGUUUAUUUUUGAAGUAGAA